AUGCACGUGUUGGCAAGAAAUCACAAACAGCAUCUGAGCAUCCCUUGGUACCCCUCUGCUUCGGACAGACCUGAUGUCGUAGCAAGAGUUUAUAACUUGAAGAAAAAUGAGAUAGUCGAAGACAUUCAAAAACGUCAAAUUUUUGGCGCAGUUACUGCAAGAAUCCACGUUAUCGAAUUUCAGAAGCCUGAACUCCCUCACUGUCAUAUGCUCAUCUGGAUCGACGAACCCGACAUACUCAGAACAUCAGCCAACAUCGACCGAACUAUUUGUGCAGAAAUUCCUGAUAAGGAAACCCACCCAAGACUUUAUGAAAUCAUCAUGUCCAACAUGAUUCAUGGACCGUGUGGGAAAGAUCUCAAUGACAAAUCACCGUGCAUGGAUGAUGGCGAAUGUACCAAAUCCUUCCCAAAAGAAUCCGUUUCUGAGACUGUCAUGAGCAACAACGGGUUCCCUACGUAUCGCAGAAGAGCUGGACAAACACAUCCCUUAAAGCGGAACAACAAGAUUUAUCAGGUGGACAACAGAUGGGUUGUCCCUUACAAUCCAUACCUUUGUUUGAAAUUCAACGCGCACAUCAACGUCGAGUACUGCGCAUCCAUCAAAAGCAUUAGGUAUCUUUUCAAAUACAUACAUAAGGGGUUCGACUGUCAAGGAACCAAAACAAUCACCGGGACACAGGGUGCCCAUGGUGCGCAAGAACAAGGUGCCCAAGGAACGCAAGAACAAGGUGCCCAAGGUACGCAAGAACAAGGUGCCCAAGGUACGCAAGAGCAAGGGGCUCAGGGUGCGAAAAAGCAAGGUACUGGAUCUGCAAUUAAGUGGGAUGAAAUAGCUCAAUACCGGGACAAUAGGUACGUCUGCGCAUCCGAAGCCUUCUGGCGUUUGUCAAAGUUCCCUUUGGCCUACAAAUCCCAUACAAUCCAACGACUAGCAGUUCAUCUUCCACAAGAAGAGCCAGUCUUCUUCACACCUGGAUUGGACAAAGCUGCCUCUAAAAACACCACUCUGACAGCUUGGUUUAUUUUGAAUCGAACCACUCCUGCUGCCAGAGACAUGUUCUACAGAGAAAUCCCCCUGCAUUAUGUGUUUGACGGGGCUACAAGCUUUGAGAAUCUAAAAAUUCACAGGGGUGUUGAGCAUCCAACAUUCAAGGCUGCUGCCAUCUCGAGGAACCUUCUUGAAGAGGACAGUACUUGGGAACGAGUCAUGCAGGAGGCUGCCGCAUUUCAAAUGCCUACGGAAUUGAGGCAACUUUUUGUUGACAUUUGCUGUCUGUGUUCACCGACGAACGCCUUUUUUCUUUUUGAAAACAAUCUUCCAUUUAUGAUUGAGGACUACACUAGAAGCGGACACGAUGCUGAAAUCGCGAAGAAUCUGGCGCUCAAGUGCAUUCAAGACAGUCUGAAGAUGAACGGUCGACUUUUAGAAGACUUCAAUCUGCCGUUGCAAGAUUUUCAAAUGAUUUAUCAGCUGGUUUCCAAUGAAAACGGUGAAAAUAGCGUGAUAACAAGGCAAGAAAGAAGAUUAAUGGGGGAGAGAAAGGUGGCCCAACUAAACACAUCCCAGCGUGAAGCAUUCGACCAAAUUAUGCAUUCUAUUAAUGCACCCAGCACAAACUUGAUUCAGCCACGUAUAUUUUUCUUAGACGGUCCAGGUGGCACUGGGAAGACGUUUCUGUACAACACCCUCAUCAACGUCCUGCAAGGUCAAGGGAAAAAAGUGAUCUCGGUGGCGUCAACUGGAAUCGCUGCUACGCUUUUAACAAACGGAGCCACUUACCAUUCCAAAUUUCAAAUCUACCCACCCAUUACCGAGACCACAACAUCAAGAAUAGAAGAACAUGAAUACGGCGCACAAUUGAUUCGUGAUGCUAGCCUAAUAAUCUGUGACGAAGCAACAAUGAUGUCACGUUACGCUCUAAAGGCAAUAGAAAGGAUUCUUAGGAAAGUUAUGAGAAACAACUCACCUUACGGAAGAAAAGGCAUGGCAUGGCAAUAG